CGUUUUCCCCCUCCCACCGGAAAUCGUAAGGAAGGCGAGUGACGGACGGUGGCAGUGACUUUAUACUGUUAUGGCGCUCUCCAGGGUUGCUUUGCUAGGGCUACGAGCUGGCCAUGGUCGGGUUCAGACAAAGUGCAAAUUGCGCUCCUAUAGCAGUUCUUUACUUCAGCACUUUUCUUCACCCUAUAAUCAAUUAUUUAGAAAUGCUGGUAAUGCGGCAAAGGUUCCACCAUCCGGAAGUACUUUUUAUGGCUUAUUUGUGGGAGCAACUGCACUGGGAGCUGGAAUCUACGUGUACAGAACGCUCCACAGUGAUAAAUCCAGGUUUCAUGACAGGUUGUCUACUUUCAAUUCCAUCAAAGAGCGCAGUGAAGCAGAAUCCACAGAGGCUGAGGCGGUUGUUAAACAAGAUAAUGUAACAGUAGAGGCUCCACCUCCUGCAGUACUGCCAUCCUUUGUACCAUUUCUUUUGAUUGGAGGAGGUACAGCUGCAUUUGCUGCAGCUCGAUCUAUACGUGCCCGAGAUCCUGGUGCAAAGGUCCUGAUUGUAUCAGAAGAAAUGGAACCUCCAUAUAUGCGACCUCCACUCUCUAAGGAACUCUGGUUCUCAGAUGACCCUGACAUGAAACAAACCCUGCGCUUUAAACAAUGGAAUGGCAAAGAGCGAAGUAUUUUCUUUCAGCCACCCUCCUUCUAUGUGGCCCCUGAGGAGCUAAUGUCUGCAGAGCACGGUGGAGUUUCAGUCCUGACUGGGAAAAAGGUCGUACACAUGGAUGUUCGAGAGAACAAGGUUAGACUGGAUGAUGGAACCCAUAUCUCGUAUGAAAAAUGCUUGAUUGCCACAGGAGGGACACCCCGUAAUCUUCCAGCCAUAGAACGAGCUAGUGAGGAAGUGAAGCAGAAAACAACACUAUUCAGACGGGUUUCUGAUUUUCGAUCUCUGGAACGCCUUUCUUCAACUGUUGACUCCAUUACAAUAAUUGGGGGUGGAUUCUUGGGCAGUGAGCUGGCUUGUGCCCUGGGAUGGAAAGGACAGCGGACUGGUCUAGAGGUGAACCAGAUGUUUCCUGAAUCUGGAAAUAUGGGGAAGGUUCUCCCAGAAUAUCUAAGCCAUUGGACCACUGAGAAGGUGAAGAGUGAGGGGGUUAACGUUAUGUCAGAAGCUGUGGUUAAGUCUGUCCGCUGUCAAGGUGGGAAACUUCACAUUUCUCUAAAGGAUGGACGUCAGGUGCAGACUGAUCAUAUUGUUGCAGCAGUUGGUUUGGAGCCUAAUACUGAAUUGGCAAAGUCUGCGGGUUUGGAACUAGAUGGUGACUUUGGAGGGUAUAGGGUUAAUGCAGAACUUCAGGCUCGCAACAACGUAUGGGUGGCAGGAGAUGCUGCCUGCUUUUAUGACAUUAAGCUUGGACGGAGGAGAGUAGAACACCACGAUCAUGCUGUAGUGAGCGGGCGACUUGCUGGAGAGAACAUGACUGGAGCUGCUAAACCAUACUGGCAUCAGUCCAUGUUUUGGAGUGACCUUGGUCCAGAGGUUGGAUAUGAAGCCAUUGGCAUCGUUGACAGUGCACUUCCAACUGUUGGCGUGUUCGCCAAAGCCACUGAGAAAGACACACCAAAACGUGCGGCUGAGGAAAGUGGCACAGGUAUUCGAUCUGAAAGUGAAGUUCAUGAUGUAUCGCAAGUAGAGAAGGAAACAGAAAGGAAACCCUCAACACCUGCUCUCGCACAGCAGAGGGACUCCUAUGGAAAAGGAGUAGUCUUUUACCUACGGGACAAUGUGGUCGUUGGAAUGGUGCUUUGGAACAUCUUCAAUCGUAUGCCAAUUGCACGCAAGAUAAUAAAGGAUGGGGAACCACACGCAGACUUGAACGAAGUAGCCAAACUUUUCAAUAUACACGAGGAAUAAACGGUUUAAAAAAUGUUGACAUUUUAUUCUAAAACUUCUUCAAAGGACUAGAAUUGCCCCUUCGGACAAAAGCUAAGGUUUUAGUCCAAGCGAUGUGACAUUCAGAGCGUUGACGAAAACCUAAGAGAACAUCACUUAUGUGGAGAAUCAACUUGGUCAAGACACUUUAAAGCAGAAUAUAUAUGCUCUAUCCAGUUGCAAUACUUGAAGAGGCAUGGGAGAAAGAAGUUGUACAUGUUAUUCCUUAACUAAGGUCCUGUCUCUUUGAAGUAAAGUGCAUAAAAUGAUGCUACAUCUGUAAUGCGUUUGGGUAAAUAUCCACAAAAUACGCAUACAAAUUUAUUUGUAAAGUGAAAAAUUGUUAAUUAAAGAACUGUUUUUAAAGUGGAA